AUGACUCAAAAUUAUGCCCAAUGGCCUGAAGAUAGAAAUCAGUCAAGGAGAGUGGCUGAUUUGCAUGAGCUAGACCCUGUAACAGCCCUUUCAGCCAAGUUUGAUGCACUAACUACUUUAGUGAAAAAUCAGGUUCAAGCCAUUGAGGCAAGAUUGUCUCAACCUCAAGUUCCAAUACCACAAGUCAAUGCUGUGAACACAGAUAAAACUUAUGUUUUCUGUGGUGGGCCCCAUAUGUUUGAUAGCUGCCCAUCCAACCCUGAAUCUGUGUUCUAUGUGGGGAACCAAAAUAAUUUUUCCAACAACUUUAAUCAAGGUUGGAGGCAGAAUCAACAGCCUCAAUAUUUUCAAGGGCAAGGGCAACAAGCUGGCCCCUCCAAUGCCCAAACCAAACCACUUUUUCCCUCUCAAAACUACCAACAAUCUCCGAGGCAGCAACCUGUUGCUCAAUCUAGUGAGAUGCCUACCUCUUCAACUUUUUCCUUAGAAGCUUUGUUAAGGGAGUACUUGGUUAAGAAUGAAACUAAGCAAAACAGCUUGGAAGCUGUUGUGCAAAGUAUUCAUGCAUCUUUGAGGAAUAUAGAAUCUCAUCUAGGCCAUGUAGCAAAUACUAUGAAUAACAGACUCCCUGGUACCUUGCCUAGUAACACUGAAGAGCCUAGGAGAAAUAAUGAGCAAUGUCAUAUGAUAGAGCUCCGUAAUGGCAGAUCAGUGAAUCAGCCAGAACCUGUGCCACGUGUUGUCCAAGACAGCCCCCAAGAGGCUGCAAAUAGUGAUCCUCUGCCUGUUCUGGUUGAACCAGAAAUUCAGACCCCAAUAAACCCUUCUUUAGGGAAUAGUUCCCUGGAAAAAUCCAAUCCAAAGGGUCAAGCAUCUAAGUCAAAUGUUGAGACACCAUUGCAUGUCAACAUUCUAUUUGUGGAUGCAUUAGAACAAAUGCCCACUUAUGUGAAAUUCAUGAAAGAAAUUCUUUCAAGAAAAAGGAAGCUAGAAGAGUUUGAGACUGUUGCUCUUACACAAGAGAGCAGUCAAUAUUUGCUUAGUAAGAUACCUCCUAAACUAGGAGACCCACAAAGUUUUACAAUCUCAUGUACCAUAGGAGACCAUUACAUAGGCAGGACAUUGUGUGAUUUAGGUGCUAGUAUCAAUUUAAUGCCUAUGAGUGUGUACAAAAAACUGAAAGUAGGAGAGCCUAAUCCUAACACUAUCACUUUACAGUUGGCUGAUAGGUCCCUAGUUUAUCCUGAAGGGAAGUAG